CUGACCUGUCCGUCAAUUCCUAAUAUAUAUCCUGUCUUUCCACUAUAGCAGCACAGCCUCACAUUAUUUAUUUUUGACUCAGAUGAACUGUAUCCACGCACAGCCUACACGACUACAUCUGAUGGAUGCUUAUUUAAUUAAGCAUCUUCCCAACUGAACCAACUGCCUCCUACACGGUAACUUCAAUUAAUGGUUUACUCUUUACUCUACACAAAAUAAUCAUGGCCACUACAAACAACCCUCUCGGUCUUGACCUCGAUACCAUGUAUGAGCCAACGGACAUUGAAGAGAACGUCUUUGAUCUCCUGACAGCCUACCUCCCUCCAGACUCGACAAUCACCCCUCAACAAGCAGCUGAUAAAGCCAACUCUUUCUUCCCACAUAGCUGUCUAGGAGAAAAUGACAAUUACUAUCCUCGCCAAUUUCUGGGUGAAUUCUGGGAGGUGAUGUUCCGUAUUGCCCCACAGUUAGACUACCAGGGACAACCCAUGCAACGCUACAUCGCCCUCCACAAGGCUCUGCGAGAAUUGCCUGAAAUUUUCAUAGGUGAUUAUCGGGUAUGGCAAGAUAGACCUUUAUUUAGCAUGGAGUUGCAUGAAAGAUGGAGUCGCAUGUCCGGUGGCUACGAAGUAAACGGCAUAGCACACCAGGCUUGGAGAAACAUAAACGGGCUAUUGAUACACUUCACCAAUGAAGGUAUCUACGACGGCAAAUACCAUGCCCUGAACUGCAUCAGGAAAUAUUUUGAGAAUGAUGACCGAAACAGGCGAAACAGGUUCAUUAAUGUGUAUGCUCCGGUUGCUGCCAUAUGGUUUAUUCACUGCAGUCCCAAGAUCUACAAGGCCUGCCAAAAUCAGGAGUACCUUGACAGGAUACCGGGAGGGAAGCUUUGGAAGGGAACACCUGGAUAUAAUAUCCCACGGUGGGAAUUCUGGAGGAGUCGGUUUGAGGUGCUGAGUACGCAUCCACUUGCAAUAGAGGAGACAAGGCAAGCAUGUAAGGCUGCAGUGGAUGGAAUGGACGCUGUCACCAAGGCCAGUUGAUUCAUAGCGUAUCAUCGUUGUUAUUGGAAUCUACUCCCAAACCCAGCAAAUAUCAUGAACAAUGUAAAAUGGAUUUCACCACCAUAAGGCUUACAAAUUUUCGACGGUCUGUGGUCGGCCGAC